CUAUAAAGUUGAAGCGUUGGCACCUAUAAGGACCCCCCCCUCCCCCCCACCGACUCGCCAGUCAGCUGCAAGCCGGAGUGCGCGUGUUGCCCACUCCACGUUACCAUGACGAAGGAGGAGUUCUUUGUCGACAUGACCUGUGAAGGCUGUUCUGGCGCGGUUACUCGCGUCCUCAACAAACUUGGAGGGGUCCAGUUUGAGAUCGACCUUCCCAACAAGUCGGUAGUGAUCGAGUCUCAGCACCGCGUGGAGUUGCUGCUGGAGACGCUGCUCAAGACGGGGAAGGAUGCGGCCUACCGGGGGCCCAAGUGACUGGUGUGUUGAGGACCCCAGGGGAUCGCGGCGAUUUGCCACCACCACCACCCCCGCCCCACACACCGUACCGCGUCACAUGGACGCGGUCCCCCGCUAACCCCUCCCCCCAGCGUGGGUGACGUCACGGCGUGGGGGCGGCCAUGACAGGUGUCGUGUUGAGUCGUUGUUUUUGGGGUUUGUACUUUUUUGUGGCUGCGCUCCCCCUGUUACAACCCCGUGGCUGGUCGCUUAACCGCGAACCCUUGACCGCUAACCCCCGUAACCGCUAACUCCUAACCCUUGACCGCUAACCCCCGUAACCGCUAACCCUUGACCGCUAACCCCCGUAACCGCGAACCCUUGACCGCUAACCCCCGUAACCGCUAACUCCUAACCCUUGACCGCUAACCCGCGUAACCGCUAACUCCCAACCCUUGACCGCUAACCCCCGUAACCGCGAACCCUUGACCGCUAACCCCCGUAACCGCUAACUCCUAACCCUUGACCGCUAACCCCCGUAACUGCUAACUCCUAACCCUUGACCGCUAACCCCCGUAACCGCUAACUCCCAACCCUUGACCGCUAACCCCCGUAACCGCUAACUCCUAACCCUUGACCGCUAAACCCCCGUAACCGCUAAUUCCUAACCCUUGACCGCUAACCCCCGUAACCGCUAACUCCCAACCCUUGACCGCUAACCCCCGUAACCGCUAACUCCCAACCCUUGACCGCUAACCCCCGUAACCGCUAACUCCUAACCCUUGACCGCUAACCCCCGUAACCGCUAACUCCUAACCCUUGACCGCUAACCCCCGUAACCGCUAACUCCCAACCCUUGACCGCUAACCCCCGUAACCGCUAACUCCCAACCCUUGACCGCUAACCCCCGUAACCGCUAACUCCUAACCCUUGACCGCUAACCCACAUAGCCGCUGACUCCUAACUGCUACCCCUUGACCGCUAAGCCUUGACCGCUAACCCCUAUACCGCUAACUCCUAACCCUUAACCGCUAACCGUUAACCGCUAACCCUUAUCCGCUAACCCCUUUACCGCUAAAACCCCUACUCGCUAACUCCUAACCUCAAUCUGUUCACCGCUAACUGUUAACCCGCUAAUCUUUCACCGUGAACUCCUUAACUUGUUACCCCUAGCCUCUAACCCCUAACCGCUGUUAGCCCCUAAACCGUUAUCCCCUAACCGUUAUCCCCUAACCAUUAUCCCCUAACCGCUAACCCCUAGCCUCUAACCCCUAGCCUCUAACCCCUAGCCUCUGACCCCUAGCCUCUGACCCCUAGUCUCUAACCCCUAGCCUCUAACCCCUAGCCUCUAACCCCUAACCUCUAACCCUAGCCUCUAACCCCUAGCCUCUAACCGCUAACCACUAACCUCUAACCCCUAGCCUCUAACCCCUAACCUCUAACCCCUAGCCUCUAACCCCAUAGCCUCUAACCCCUAAUCGCUGCUAACCCCUAACCGUUAUCCCCUAACCGUUAUCCCCUAACCGUUAUCCCCUAACCGCUAACCCCAUAGCCUCUAACCCCUGUUAACCGCUAACCCCUAACCACGCUAACUCAGCUGACCGCUAACCUUUAACCUCUAACCCCUGUUAAACGCUAACCCCAAAUCCUAUCCCGCAGUGCCGGGUGUAGCCGUGAACCCCGUAGCCUGGGCUGUCGAUAGGGCGGGGGUGCAGGGGGGAGCCUCUGGGCACGAACGUUGCCUGGACGUUGCCUGGACGUUGCCGUCACUGUGAGGGAUUGGACGAGCGAAUUAAACGUUGCCCGGACGUUGCCUGAACGUUGUCUGAACGUUGCCCUGCUUGCGAGAGACUGGACGAGCGAAUUAAACGUUGCCCGGACGUUGCCUGAACGUUGUCUGAACGUUGCCCUGCUUGUGAGAGACUGGACGAGCGAAUUAAACGUUGCCCGAACGUUGCCUGAACGUUGUCUGAACGUUGCCCUGCUUGUGAGAGACUGGACGAGCGAAUUAAACGUUGCCCGGACGUUGCCUGAA